GCCUCGCGCUCUUCCAUGGGGGGCUCGGGCCGCGCCCUGGCGGGGCUCCUGCUGCUAGCCGCGGCGGGGGGCUUCGGGGGAGCCUUCGGCUCCGGGCUCGCCUUCACCGAGGAUCUGCUGACCGUGUUCGGGGAGAACCGGAGCCUGUCCGCGGCUCAAGUGGGUCACCUGCUGGACGAUCUGGGCGCUGCGUCCAAGAGACCGCUGGAGCCGCUGCAGCACUUGGAUUUGCACUAUAACCAGUGUUUGUCUGGUGAAGAGAUCUUUUCCAUUCAUGGGCUUUCCAAUAGCACCAGAAUCACCGUUUCUAACUUCUCCAAGAUAUGUCCAGCAGUCUUACAGCAGCUAUCAUUUCACCCAUGUGGUAACCGUCCACAGCACAAAUCCAGACCAACACCUUCACAAAUCUGGGGAUAUGGAUUUCUUUCGGUGACUAUCAUUAACCUGGCAUCUCUCCUGGGACUGAUUUUGACUCCGUUGCUAAAGAAGCCAUAUUUCCCCAAGAUUUUGACCUAUUUUGUGGGACUGGCCAUCGGGACUCUGUUUUCAAAUGCAAUUUUCCAGCUGAUUCCAGAGGCAUUUGGAUUUGAUCCCAAAGUUGAUCACUACAUUGAAAAAGCAGCUGCUGUCUUUGGUGGAUUCUAUAUUCUCUUCUUUGCAGAAAGAAUACUUAAGAUGCUAUUGAAGACUUAUGGGCAGAAUGAUCAUACUCACUUUGCAAAGGAGGACUUCUUUCCUUCCCAAGAAAAAGCGAAUCCCCCAGCCCCCAAAGCGCCUGCCAUCAAUGGAGUCAAAUGUUAUGCAAAUCCAGCAGUAACACAGUCUAAUGGCCAUCUCCAUUUUGAUAAUGUCAGUGUAGUUUCUCUCCAGGAUGGGAAAAAGGAACCAAGUUCGUGUACCUGUUUAAAGGGGCCCAAGCUAUCAGAAAUAGGCACCAUUGCCUGGAUGAUCACCAUCAGUGAUGCCCUCCACAACUUUAUUGAUGGUUUGGCCAUUGGUGCUUCUUGUACCCUAUCUCUUCUUCAGGGACUUAGCACUUCCAUAGCAAUCCUAUGUGAGGAGUUUCCUCAUGAGUUAGGGGACUUUGUGAUCCUACUCAAUGCAGGAAUGAGUACUCGGCAAGCUUUAUUUUUCAACUUUCUUUCGGCGUGCUCCUGCUAUGUUGGACUGGCCUUUGGCAUUUUGGUGGGCAACAACUUUGCCCCAAAUAUUAUUUUUGCACUAGCUGGUGGCAUGUUCCUCUAUAUUUCUCUGGCAGACAUGUUCCCGGAGAUGAAUGAUAUGCUAAGAGAAGAAAUAACUGGAAGAAAAACAGAUUUAACCUUCUUCAUUAUUCAGAAUGCUGGUCUGUUAACAGGAUUCACAGCUAUACUUCUCAUUACCCUGUUUGCAGGAGAUAUUGAGUUGGAGUAAUCUGACUUUGAAGAUGGCAUAGUUAAUGAAGACAAUUAACCAAUAAAAAAAAUGAAGAAUUUUUUUAGUUUGUACGGGGGCUUUCAGUUGGUCUGCUGAGUUAAAAGAUAACCUUGUUUUCUUUUGCAAGUCACAGAAAACCAGUUAGUUAUUGGUUUCAGGCCUGCAAAAGGGCUCAUCAACCACAUGUUACAAAAAUAAAACCAGAAAAAUUUGGAAUUCAAAAUCUUGUAAAAAUGAAUGCUGAAAAUUGUCUUGACAUGUAAUUGGGGAAAAAAUAAAAUACUAUUUAAAAAAUAAAUCCAAAAGCUGGAUUUUCUUUUCCCAUUAAAUGCAGCUCACAAGUUCCUUGGUAAACAGCGUUGCAUGUUAUAUGUAACGGAGGCAGCUGAGGCCCAUGCAUUCCAUGACUGGCAAAUAAUUCAUGAAGAUGAAGAAAAAUUAUUACAAGUUUUCCAGGCCUUAACAAUGCUGGGAUGGGAGCAAAGGCUGAAGUGGUUUCAGGGCAGGUUAAUUCUCAUUAAUUUGUGGAAGUGAUUUCAUGGGCAAGCCCAUCAAAACAUGGAAGAGAAUCAAAACCAUUUCAGCACACAUAUGAGAGAUGCUGAGAUCUCUUUUCAUGUGGUUCAAGGACUUGUAGAUUUAUUCUGAAAGCCCCUUUAAAAAUAGAAAAAAGCUUAUGAAAAAUCUGAACAUUAUAAACAUUCCAAAAAAGUUUAAUUAGCCAUGGGUACUCUGAAUUUUAUGGAUAUUUUACCCCCAAAGGGUCAAUUUCUCCUAGAUUUGGCCUUGUUAGGCCAGAAGAUUUUAUUCUAAAGCUAGAAUUGCCUUUAUGGCAUUCACAAAUUUUAUUCUGGCUUAUAUUGUUACUGAAUGGCAGAUCAACAUUCAAGGAGAUGGAAAAUGCUCAGUAUCAAUGUAUGAUAAAUAUUUGUUUUCUAGAGGGAUUGUUUGUUCAUGAAAAGAAACAGUAAAAUUUCAAACAAUUUGAAAAAAGGCAAAUGUUGGUUCAGUGAGGUUUUUAUAAAUGCAUGAAAAACAGCUAGACUAUUGUUAAUAAAGAGUUAAUGGAGGGAUGUGGUCACAGUUUCCUUAGGGGAAACUACCUGAUCUUUGGGAAAUUACCUAUUUUGUUAUUAAUUGAUCUUUUUUUCCUUUAUAGUUUAAGUACCUCAAUACAAAAUAACUCAGGUUAUUUUUCUACAUUGUGAUAAAUAUACAGCAGAGACCAGUCUGUUUAUUCAGUUAGGAAAUUAAUGCUAUUGGUGAAUUGACCUAAAUGAUUUUACCUCUGUAUUUUGUAUACGUGUGUAGGAUAAUCCACACUCCCGUGUCACCUUUAAAAAAAAAAAGAAAGAUUGUUUCAAAAUGUGAAAAUGACUGUUAGUUCUUGAAAUUGGUGAUCUUUCCAAUUUUGUAUUGUGUUUUUAUGCAGAAAUAAAAUGCACUUGAUGAA